GCGCGCCGUGCCCUCAGUCAAUAUGUCCGCCCUCAGCCUCGCCCUCUGCGAUGCGGCUAGGACUCCAUUCCCCAUCAGGCACCGCGGCCGGCUGUCUAGUAGACGGGGGCCGGUUGGGGUCAGUGGCAGUGUGUUGGUGCAGGAGGCAGCUCUCAGUUUGCUCUAGGUCGCAGGGUUCCGGGCAGAUCUCAUCACAAUGGCCAUGGACAAUUCGGGGAAGGAACGGGAGGCCGUGCAGCUGAUGGCGGAUGCUGAGAAGAGGGUGAAGUCAUCGCAUUCCUUCCUGCGGGGUCUCUUCGGAGGAAACACAAAAAUUGAAGAAGCCUGUGAGAUGUAUGCCAGAGCUGCCAACAUGUUCAAGAUGGCGAAGAACUGGAAAGGUAAGUCCUCCUCUGCAGGAAAUGCGUUUUGUCAGGCUGCCAAGCUACACAUGCAACUGCAGAGCAAACACGAUGCAGCUACAAGUUUCGUAGAUGCUGGGAACGCCUUCAAGAAGGCUGAUCCGCUAGAGGCCAUCAACUGCUUAAAUGCAGCCAUCGAUAUUUACACUGAUAUGGGAAGGUUUACAAUUGCUGCUAAGCAUCAUAUUACAAUUGCGGAAAUUUAUGAGACCGAACUUGUUGAUAUUGAAAAGGCAAUUGCACACUAUGAACAGUCAGCAGAUUACUAUAAGGGGGAAGAAUCAAACAGCUCUGCCAAUAAGUGUCUGCUGAAGGUGGCCGCAUAUACUGCACAACUGGAACAGUACCAAAAGGCAAUAGAAAUCUAUGAACAGAUUGGUACAAGCACCAUGGAUAAUCCUCUGCUGAAGUAUAGUGCAAAAGAAUAUUUCUUCAAAGCUGCUCUCUGCCACUUCAUUGUGGAUGAACUGAACGCCAAGCUUGCAGUAGAGAAAUAUGAAGAAAUGUUUCCUGCAUUCUCAGAUUCCAGGGAGUGCAAGCUGUUAAAGAAACUGCUUGAAGCUCAUGAAGAACAAAACAGCGAUUCCUACACUGAAGCUGUGAAGGAAUUUGAUUCAAUAUCUCGUUUGGAUCAAUGGCUGACCACCAUGUUACUUCGGAUCAAGAAAUCAAUGCAAGGAGACGGCGAUGGCGACCUUAAAUGAAGCGGAGAUUUGCCGUCAGUACACGACUGAUCCCUCUUUUACUUUUGUUUUUCCAAAUGAUGUAUUUUAUUUUUUUACAUUUUUUGUUGUGCCAGUAAAGUCUGUAAUACAACACGGUGUGGAUGGCUGCAUGUCAUCUCCAUGAAUCAGUAGUACAGGGAAUAAGUGACUUCCUAAAUAAUGCAGAGCAUUUUCAACAGGCAGUGACACCUUCUUUUUAUGUGAUGGGACACAGACUGUGCUUGAGCAGAUGUAGCUCUUCUCUUGAAGGACAUCAGCUGCUGGAGCACACAGCAUGGGCAGUCAUUUGUGGGCUAAACCAAUAUUCCCGAGCACGGCAGAACACUAGGAAGCAGUGUGUUGUGAAUUUUAUGCCAGGCCUCAUGAAUAUUAAUCUUGGCAUACUUUAAAGUGAACUUGCCAGCCAGUAUGCAU